AUGGGAUUGAUGCAGCAGACUGGUUCAAGUACAGGCCUUGCAUCUACCCCAACGACAAGCAAUGCAGAUGAUCCCCCAGACACACCAUCCGGAAUCACCUCUCAGAUUCCUCGCGAAGACAAGAUACCAGAAGUUGCACCGUCCCCGUCUGAUUAUGGGAGUGUGAGAAUCCGGCAUUCGGGCGUCAGCUAUAUUAGUAGUUCGCAUUGGGCAGCAGUGCUUGAUGAUAUUGCAGAACUGAGGGAUCAUAUUGAACAGGAUAAUGAGCUGCAUGAGAUGGUCACAUACUAUGAUCAUAAUUCAAGCUCCUUGCCCAGUCCGCAACUGUUUUAUAGUGGUGGGUGUACACAUAUAAGCGUCGAUUCGAUUCUUGAGUCGAUACCACCACGACCUGUCGUCGAUAGGUUGAUUUCCCGCUAUUUUAAUGAAUUGGACUUGUCAUCGGGCGUUCCUCACACUGGCAAAUUCCUCAGAGAGUACGAAGAAUUCUGGAAAUCCCCACACGAUGCCCCAAUCGUAUGGAUCGGCUUGCUGCUCAGCAUGAUGUGCCUCUCAACCCAAGUCCAGAACCUCUCCCUCGACAAGUCCACAACAACAACAGCCCCAGACCAAAUCAAGAUCUUCCGAGAACAGAUCACCCAAUGCCUACUAUUAGGCCACUACACAGAAGGCGGACCCCACGUCCUCGAAACCCUAACCCUAUACCUCAUGACCGAAGUCUUCCCCUCAAAAGACACCGCACCGGGCCUCCGCAUCCUAGCAAGCACAAUAGUAACAAUAGCAACGCAAAUGGGCUACCACCGCGACGCAAAACACUUCCCAAACAUAACCCCCUUCGCCGCCGAAAUGCGCCGCCGAACCUGGGCCGUAAUAGUCCAGAUCGACUUCAACAUCUCCAUGCAGAUGGGACUAGCCCGGAUAAUAAAGUCCACGCAGACAGACGUCGCCGAGCCUCGGAACCUGCUCGAUUCCGAUUUCGACGAAAACACCCCCAUACUACCGCCCAGCAGGCCUGAAUCAGAAAUCACGCCGACGCUGUACACGCUCGCGAAGACCAGGCUGAUUGUCGUCGGCGCGCAGAUUGCCGACGUAGCCACGGAGCCGGGCAUGUGCUCUUACGCGCGUGUAUUGGAACUGGAUGGGCUGGUUGCGGAGUAUCGGGCUGCGCUGCCGGCUAGUAUGAAGUGGGAUGGGCUUGAGUCUUCGCUUUCUGUUCCGGCGCAGGUGCUUAUUAAGAGGAUUUGGCUGGAGGCGCGCGAGAAGGAGCGGAAGUAUCCGUAUUCUAGGUCUACUUGUGUGGAAGCUGCUAUGAAGAUUUUGGAGUUGCAGCAUUUGGUUGAUGAAGAGACGAGGGUGGAUGGGCGGUUAUAUCAAACUAGGUGGAGGGUGACUGCGUCGUUUAUUCAUGAUUUUUUGCUGGCGACUAGCUUGCUUUGUUUCUAUCUGCAGAGCCAGCCUGUGAUGGAACAGGAGGAGAGCUCGGGUGUUGAAGUUGAUGAUUAUGCUUGGACUGGUAGGAUCAAGCAGUUGUUGAGGUUAUCACAGGUUAUCUGGUUGCGGGAAAGCCACAGCUCCCAAGAGGCUCGGAAGGCAGCGUCUGCUCUGCAUUAUGUUCUUGGGGAUCAAGGUGAAUCUGGACAUCCGAAACCGAAUUUGACUGGUCACGUAUAUGGUCCUGAUAUGAUGCCUGCGGAGUUCAUGAAAUUAGAUUUUGCCUUUGUGGAAGAAAUCUUUAGGCCAGAGCGCGUUUUGCCUGAACCCCUAGAUGACGAAGCUUGGGAUGGCGACUGGCAGCAGAUGCAAGUAUGA